AACAACGUUCGCUAUCAUGUUCCUAUCACUAUGGAAAUGAAAUGUGUCGUGUUUAUGUACUUUACAUUACUUCCUCUGUUGCUAUUGACCACAGAGGUUUAUCUUCAUGGUUUUAAAGGCGAAGUAACUACAGAUGACACCAGUCUCAGAGGAUGCACGUAUUUACAUUGCGGCGGGGAUGAUGUUUGCGUACAUCGAAAAUUUCGAUGUAAAUACCCUCCGUGUCCCAGUAUGCUAUACUGCGCGAGAUCUCGAACAGAAUCUUUAAGAGGACCCUCCACCUGCGAUACUGUGCACUGCACUAAUGGUUACGUGUGCAUGUUGAAAGUUCGUCGUUGUCACUGGGACGAAAAGUGCGAGCAACAGAUAGCAAGAUGCGUAACUCAAAAAGAAUACUACGAAGGCCCCGCUUCCUGCGCCGGGUUCAAAUGUCCUCAAGGAAACCACUGCAUUCUCCGGGAAUCAUUCUGUGCAAAUCCUCCUUGUAAAUUGAUAAAAAGCUGUAUGAAGAACAAAGAAGUGCAGCAUUUAUUCGUAAAGUGUCGAAAUCUCGGUUGUUCAUCAGAAUACGAAUGUUUCUUACGAAGACCAGAGGGUAACUGCUCGAUUCCACUUUGUAAACACACACCGGAUUGCAUAAUGCCAAGAGAGAACGAAAUGGCAAAUGAACGUUGUCGUGGAUGGAUAUGCCCACAAAGGCAAACCUGUUCCGCAGAAAUUGUAGGAUCUUGCGAGACAGACGACUGUAAUAUUAAAAGAACUUGCCAUGAGGUACAUGUGGCAGCAGCGAAUGAUUCUGCUUCAUCUUUCUCAAGAAGAUCUCUGAAGAACGAGGACGAAGUCCCUCGAAAUGAUAGCGAGAUACUAACAAACUCGGAUCAAGAAAAUGGAGUUGAAAGAAGAGGAAUCCCUGUCUCAUGGUUAAAUCAUCUAAAAUCGAAAACUGAAUUGGACGGGAUAGAACUAUGGAGAAAAAAUGUCGAAGAACAAGAAGAUUUCAAGCAAUUUCAAGAUUGGCUUCAAUCUAUCAAGGAAAUACUCGGUUCUGGUGCGUACGGUGACUGGCUAGAGGAAAUUCUGUCGUCGCGUGGCAAAGAGUUGCGAAAAUGGCUCCAAGCAUCACACGGCAAUCUGGAUGCCAUGGGACCGAUACUUCCGGGACAAGAACGACCUACUACAUUGACAGAAAAUCUAUACUCGGUUCGCGGUACGAUGAACAUGUCGCCAUCUGAUGAUACAAAAGGGAUAGAAGAAAUUGAGUCUUUUCUGAGAGAAAGAAAUUUGACGCAUAUUUUAGAGAAGAUUCUUGUACCAAGCAGAAUCCUGUUACCGCCGUACGCAGCUUUAGAAGCUGCUCUGCUGAAUAAUGUAAGGGAAUCUAGCCCUUCGCCAUUUUUCAAUUAUCUUCUGAAAUAUCCCUCUUACGUGGAAAAUCAAUUUUUAUCGUCGCAGCCACAGAAAAUCGAAAAUGCUUACAAUCAACAGUAUCUUGUGGUUCCUGUGAAAAAUAUGAAGGAAUUAACCAAUUCUCCGAUUAUCGAUUAUAAUCCCAGUAUACGACAUUAUCACGGAACGAUUUCAGAAAAUGGAAAAGUAUCUGAUGUACGGGACAAUUUUUCCUCUUUCAAUGUUCCAGAGAAACAGAUGAAUUUAUCGUCAACCAGAGACGAGCUAUCGUCUUUGUGGACUGGACUGCACAAAAAUCUUGAAAAGACUUCACCUAAAGUAGAAACUCACUCUGUUGAAGAUUCUAUUGGUCUUUCGGAAGACAAAAGGUUGAUGGCCAAGGCGCAACACUUUGAUGACAUCCCUGUUGAUUUGUUGGAGAAGUUUCUUAAGUUUCUUAACUCUAUGCAGUUCUCCCCGACUGAAAAUGUGUCACAGACUUUUGAUGAAAAACCUAUCGAAGAAUAUCGCAAAGAAAAUUUACCUAAAGUCCCACGAAAUGAGAAACACGAUGGAGACUUUGAGUGGAGUUCGAUAAUUCAUAGUCAAAAUAAUGAGGAUACAUUUAGGAAUAAAAAUGCUGAAGAGAAUGCAAAUCAAUUUUCUUUCCCUAAUGAUGACUAUGGAAAUUUCACAGACAUGAUCGAACCAGGUGUUAAGACGUUCCUUAAUAAAUUAGAUAACAUUCAACCUUUCAGUUAUUCGGAUCAGUCGAACGAUGUCCAAUCACAGUUAUCAUUCCCACAAAUCGACGAUAUAAACAACGAAGAAAUGAAUUUAAAUAUUUUCCUUGAACUGAACAGAGAAAGCCUCUUACCUUACGUACAAACCCUGAUGGAAAUGAUGAAUGAGGAGAAUGAUACUUUCGAUAGAGAAACAGAAUUGAAUUUCGAUGAAAGUUCAUUAAACACGUCUUUUUUAAAUAGUGAACAAGUUAUUGUUGAUGAAACUAACAAAUACUAUAACGAAUCAAAAUCUUCGGGGAUUGAAUCAAGUAACAUUUUUCUGAAAAAUAUUCUAAAUAAUAUGAAUGAUGUGCAUAAUUCGCAUAUCUUAGAAGAAGAAACAUAUGACCAGAUUUUGCCUACGAAUCAAACAGAAACAGCUUCAUCAAAUUUAAAACCAUAACAGGAAAGAGAAUCGAGGACACCUGAGCUAAUUUAUGCCAACGAGGAACCUACUAUUCGGUCCUUUUAUAAUCUGCCUAGUUACGGUGCUGGCAACGGUGAUAUUGGUUUUCAAGAUUACACGUACGUCGAAUAUGUUCGUACGAAACUCGUAAAAAGUAAUGGGAAAUCCACUAAGUAAAGUCACAGUCAAUAUGACGGUAUUAUAUGUAUAACGUAUUUUCCAACAUUUGUUUUUAAGAAAUUAAACUGUAAAGUUCA